AUGAGCAGUGCUUGGUAUAUAAAUGAACCUAUUCCACCGAAAGAUGAAAGGUUAGUGUACGCUCAUGGCACAGUUAUGGUUCUUGCUUGGAUACUCUUGGCCUCUACAGGUAUAUUAUUUGCACGUUAUGGACGUCUACUACGAAUUGGUACAAGACGAAAACUACUUGGCAGUAUGAUUUGGUUUCAAAUUCAUCGAUUAAUUCUUUGUCUAGUUACGAUCACAACAUUGCUUGGUUUCUUUCUCAUUCUAGUAAACGAAAAUGGCAAAUGGGUGAGUGCUGACAAAGAUGGACGUCGUAUUUUCGCUCAUUCCGUGCUCGGUGCUAUUAUUGUAUGUUGUACUUUAUUACAAGCCUGGAUUGCAUUGUUUCGUUGCCGUCCAGAUAGUCCAUAUCGUUCGAUUUUUAAUUGGCUCCAUCGAAGCAUGGGAUAUUUGCCGUUUUUUCUUUCUAUACCGACUAUUUUUCUCAUCGUAGUUGAACCAAAAGCACUACCUAUGGAACGGGGUGGUUUUAUUGCUAUUCUUUCGAUUUGGUCUGCCUGGAUUGUUCUUGUUGUUAUUCUUUUUGAAGCUGUGGAAUAUCGUGCUCGGGUCGAACUUGAAGAUGGUGGUGGUACUCGGUUUUGUAAUUGGGAGCCGAUCAAUAUGGACUUUGAAGAUGUUCAUCAUCGCUUACUUAAUAUUUUUAGUUUAGGCGAAAGUAAAAGCAAAACAUUAUUAUAUGAUUUCCAACGUCAACCAUUAGAUACUACUCAAUAUAAAACAUUUUUGGAAUAUUUUAAUAAGAAUGGUCUAAAUUGUAAUAGUACAGUUAUAUAUAUUUGCAUUGAUCAAGGUACUGAUGAUGAUAAUUCAACGACAUUAACAAGAAUCAAAACACCAUCAAAGUCAGAUUCAUUAAAUCCACAACAAAAUAGAAUAUCUAUACAAUCAGAAGCUACAUCUACAAUAACACCAGUUAAAAAUAAAUAUGUUGAUAAAUAUGAAGAGUCGGAUCAAGAACAAACUUUUCGAUCUUCAUCUGUAUAUACAUUUGAAAAUUCAAUUAAUGAUUUAGUGAAUAAUAUUCACAGCCUUAUUAGUCAAAUUGGUUUUGAUGAAACUUUGAUUCAACUAUUUGAAUCUAUAUGUAUAGUUCGUGGAUAUAUUCAUUCAGUCAUUAAUCCAUUACAACAACAAAUGAAACACUUGAAUGAAAAUUUCAAAUUAAUUAAUAAAUCUGAAAUGAUAUUAUAUUCAAACUGUUUAAAUAAUGUUUCUAAUAUAUGUCAAUCAAUAGAAACAUUAAUUAAAUCGAAUAAGAAAAAAUUUGAUCAUAUUGAACAAUUUUCAAUGAUUGUAAAUUCAUUUUUCAAACUUCAUGAAAAUUUAACGAUUCUAUACAAUCAAUGGUUUGAGUGUGUCGAAAAAAGUAAUAACAGAUCUAAUACACCUUCAACUUCAUUCAUUCAUCCAGUUGAAUCAAUACCAUCACCAUCUUCUCAUUCAAAUAUACAAGUGUCAACUAAAGAUCAUUAUGAAAUAAAUGAAGAAAAUUCUAAUAAACGAUCACAAACAUCAUUGCCACCAUCUCGUCAAACAUCGUCAUCAUUAGCUCGAGAACCAUCCGAUGAUGAAACUGAUGAAAAAUUUCGUUUAUUUCGACAAUUAUUUAGUCGUUUAAGUAAUUUAUUUCAUUUACUCACUAGUCAAGCUUUACUAUCAUAUAGUGAAAUGGUUGACUUAACAGUCCACGAACUAAAAUCUUUACGAUCAAAUUUAGAACUAUGCAAUUAUAAUUCAAUACUUGAUGCAAAAAAACAGAUUUUAUCAAUACGAGAGAAAUAUUAUAAAGAAUUUAGUGAAUAUUUUUCGGAAGACUCUAAAUAUAAAACUAGUACACAAGUUACAAGAGCAUAUGAUUUUAUAAUGAAAGCAAUUCAGCGUUUAUUAGGAUCACUUAAUGAUUAUCAAUCACAAUUAGAGAAUAAUAAUGAAAAAGAAGAAUCACAUCGACCGUCAACUUUUUCAUCGAAAGACAGCCAAAAACAAUAUCAACAUAAUAAUUCAAUGCAAUACUUUAAAAGAAAAUCAGCAAAUUUUCAUAUUCAUAACAAUAAUAAAAGACUAACUGCAUCAUAUUCAUCGAUUGAAUAUCGAACUUACGUAAAAAACGAUCGACGAAGAAAUGAAAGAAAACAAUAUAGCUUUCAAUAA